UUAAUCAACAACAACAUUAUAGUUUUAGCAUAGUAUACUUAAAACAUCUUUUAGUAAACUCUGGUUUUAGUUGUUGUUGCAAAAUGUACGACGAAUGGGUUUCGUUGGAAAGCGAAGUUUUGGACGACCUGAAGUGUCAAAGUGUUCUGCACAAUUUCCCGACAAAUGUGGGAAGAGACGUCGCCAAGUCAGUUGUGGCAUGCAUUGUCGCAAACGAAGCACAAGGAAACUUACUUUCAUCGCCCCAGUUAGAAACAAAUGCAGAGGUGAAAUGGUCAAUGGAAGUUUUAUGUUUCGGCUUAAGUUUAUCGUUGUCUGAAUACGACACGUUAAGGGAUUGCGUUGCAAUAUAUCGUGCAUGGCUAAGUAUAGCAACACACCCCAAACCCAAUCUACCCAAGCCUUUACAUGAUGAACCACUGACGUUCGUGCGAAGGAUGUUCCAUCAUCUGCAGAAUCUGUUCGUGCCGAGGUUGGACGGCAGCACCAGCCAACAGGUGGCGCUGUGUCAAUCGGUUUUACAAACCGUACAAACCAUCGUCCGUGAAUCAGAGUCACUCGACCGCGAAACAUGGAAUACUUUGUUGAUGUUCGUUCUUAAAAUAUCUGACGUCCUUCUCGCUCCGCCUUCCCAACCAAACGGGUUAGCAGAACAACUAUGCGAACCUUUAAUGCAAACCUUCUUUAAUGUAUGGAUGAGUUCAUGCGCACGCUGCUUCCCUGCCCCAACAAUGUGGAAAACUUCGCAAAUUAUGGUGGCUCGGUGGCGCCACCACUCUCCUGUGGUCGAAUGGUGGAGUCGGGUAAUUUCAGCCUUGACAUCGAGAUUAUUGAAAACAAUGCACGGCCCAGACUUCCCCCAACACAACACCAACCACGAGGAUUUGAAUUUAGUUCAAAAUUUUUCGAACGAACAGAUCGUGCAGACUUGGUUUAGGAUGCUACACAUUAUUAGUGACCCUGUUGAAUUAUGCAAUUCAAACAAGUUCAGUAAAUCCCCGUUAUUCAUCGAAAGAUCGAUGAAAUCGGAUUCUCUCAUCGAGCCCUCCCAACAGCCAUGCUUGCGUAUGCUGCCUUAUAUUUUCCUUAAAGCAAUGAAAGGAAUAUCCUCGUUGGUGGACGCAUUCCUAGGUUUAAGCUCGGAGAGGAAAUACGAGGUGACCUACCCCAACAUAUUAAUGCAGAUCUCAACCCCUAUUACACCAACCAACACAAGGAAAUCUGGGAAAAAUAAAAAAGGUUCCUCCAUCCCCCCUAAGCCUCCAUCAUCACCCCUACCCCCCUCAACCAACCCCCCCACCCCAACCACUACCCCAUCGAACAAAGUUGACAUGCACCCCCACCCAUCCCCCCUCAGGCCCCGCGUAAACACUCUGCUUCAUUUACUCGGUUGGCUGUUCGAUGCUGCCCUAGCAUCGUGUCAAUUUGAACAAGGUGGUUAUGUCAUAAUGAUGCCUCAGCGUAUGAAGGGCGAAGUAGGACCCCGAGUGGUGUGCUUGCGUCCAACCUGCUCUCUGGCCCCCCCUAGUGACAUGGUGGCCAAUCCUAUGUUCGACGGGUCAGAUUUCCCCGAGUCAUCAGAUGCUGGACGUGCCGAGUCAUGUGGGGCUCUUUGUCGCCUCGUGUGUUGCAAACGAACAGGGGAGGAAAUACUUCCAGCGUAUUUAGCGAGAUUCUACCUCGUGAUGUCACAAGGGUUGCUAGGCGACAGUCGGCAAGUAACAGCGAGCAUAUUGUUAAACUCUGUCAACUUGAUGCGGAUUGAUCUGCCAGGGGUGACGUGUCUGCUUCCUGCUUUGUUAUCAACGUUGGAAUCAAUCCUCCCAGACAGAGAUCUUCAUUAUUACAAACCAUACGUCAACACUACCGAGUUACGACGCGCCUCAAUACAUCUUUUGAUUUCUAUGUUGCCAUUACCGCUACAUUAUAAUACGCUGGAAAUUGAGGAAAUAUGGCCUCCUAGUGUUGAGAAGUUGACAUUUCAAUCAACGAGAAAACGAUUGUUGGAUCUGCUUAUUGGCUCCCUCCAGUGCGAGACGGAUGCCGUGAAUACGCAGAUGAUCCUCGGUGCAUUGUUACUUACGUUGCAAGACUCAGCAUUAUUCGAGUCGCUUGGUGACUCGGCAAACGGUUCACCACUAGGUGUCGUGCAACCCAACGAAAACGAGGUUGUACCGAUUGAUACAGCGUAUGGAUUGUUUGUGCAAGUUGUCAAUCUCGUAUCGCAGAAGCUUGAUCCGUGGAAGUCCGAUAUACUAUGUUUUACCCCUGCGUUGUUUAGGGUGUUCGAGCACCUUGGGGGUUUCCCCACCCCAUGCACCCCGUCAACCACCUGCUCCCUACUCGACGAACGGACUCUGCUCUCCCAUGCCUCCGGUGGUAAUGACAUCACAAUGUCCGAUGCAGUCAAGCGGUUCCGAUACUUUUCUCUCCACAACGGGGCGCUGUUGAGCCUGCUUGAGGAUAACCUUGGAAAUGAACAAGAGCCGGUCCCGACAGUAACCAUGGUAAUCCGAGGGGUGAGCGGACGUAAAGUGUGGGCCGGUCAACUACGACAAACACCAAGGGAGGACGACAUGACCCCCGACAGUUACCUCACCCAGCACGAUCGACCUAGCCCCGAAUUAGACAGGGGAACCCCCACCAAACCCUAUUAUCGUACUUUCCCUGAGGAGGUUGACAACAUACCUCUCGUCAACGCAGACGUGAGCAUCCCGUUGCUGUCUGAGGUUCCCGACCCUCAGUAUUCUUUGCAGCAAAUGAUCGAAAUAUCGAAACUCGGCAAAUUGAUUGAAACUCAGAUCCAAUAUGACGAAGAAGUAACUAGACAAGUGAACGCAACUCAUGAACCCAUGCAUGGUUGUACCCCCCUUCCCCCCACCAAUGAAUUCCAAUCAGCGCGGUUAUUGUUAUCGCACAUGAACCAUCUGACGCUGGGAUCGGUGAAAGCGAACAUGGACGAACGACGUGGCCCAGAUCUUGUGAUGCUCGCAUCCAACGAACCAAGUUUUGCAGCCGACCUCGUUAGUUUGGACACCACCCCCUCACGUCAUCAUGACACCGUGUUCGCGUUUUACAUCAAACAAGGACAAACCAAGCGUGACGAGAUUCUGCGCAACGUCAGCGAUCCGGGAAUUUCCCUUCACCCAGCGUUUGGGGAGUUCCUGUUAUCGUUGGGUUGGGUGGUUCCCGUGGCAACUCAUCCCGGGUGGAAUGGACGUGGUUCGUCGGGGAUGGACUCUCUAGGGACAACUAGUGACUCCAUAAAUCUGAACGACCAUCCACCGGGGGUGUUUAACGGAGACGAGUAUUUACUUUAUUACGCUGAUUGUGGAACAGAGGUUGCGUUCAUUGUACCAAGGUUACCACCGGGUGGAGCAGUGGAGGUCGACGGGGAGGAAAGUCGUUCAACCGUGAAGUUGUCGCUCGAUCUAUCGACCACUGCUUCUGUGACAUCACAGGAAAGCCCCACCAGCCCCACCAACCCAAGCCUUCCUCGGAAGAAACCGUUCACCCCACGUCCCCAAGCCACCCCGGAUGCCCCUAUCGCCCUCGUGUGGGCAGAGACGUACGAUUGUUUUGAAAGUUUCGACGUUAACGAGGUUGUGGUCGAUCUUUCGCUGGAUGAAGCAGAUCUAAAAAUAAAGGACCCGGUCGUGAUAUUCAUUCACCCACUGGAGAGCGGGUUGUUCCGUUUGUUGGUGAAGGGGCAAAACGCAACAAAGGGAGGGGUAGCAGCGCCUCUAGUGUCAGGGAUGGUGGUUAGUCGACGCGGGCUCGGGGGGGCAGUGAGGAUGACGUGCGUUAAUAUUUGCAAUCGACGACGACUUGGUAGCGACAACCACGUGCCACCGCAUGUCAAACGAAAGCAAGCCAUCAACGAAAUAUCUUCAAAAUAUCAACGUCGAUGCACACAGCCAGACUUCUAUACAUCUAUAUUCACGGAGGGUAUUAUGACAUCAUCAAACAACAAUGAAAUGCUCGCAGCUCAAUCAUGAGGUCAUAAUAAAUAUAUAAUCUAGUACUUGUGAUGUCAUAAUGUGCAAUGUUGUAUAUAUUAAAUGAUUGUGAUUACAAUAUAUUGAGUGU